AUGGCGAAUCUUUACCGAGUUCUAUUUGUGACUACUUCGUGUUUGCUGAAUAUCGGGACACUACUGUGUCUUCUUGUGAUCGGUCUGGCAUGUACAAAGAUGGGAAGUCAUGAACUUGAAAGACUCAACUUUUUCCAAAUCGAUAUCCAAAAUAGCCGAAAUCUUUCCACGUCGAAUGCAUUGGGUACAACAUGGGAUGAGAGCCAAUCAAACCAGACUUACCUGGUCGGCAUAAUGGGUUACUGUGGAAAUGAUAACAACAACACGACAAUGAAUUGCCUGUCUCCGAGAGCUAGCUCGUACUUCAAUGUGCUGGAAGUUAUAAGCGAAGAGGGAAAGGAGACCAAUCUUUCGUCAGCUCUUCGACACUCACUGCGUGAAUAUAAAACAACCUCGACCUGGAUGCAAAUUACAUACAUCCUGGCCAUUCUUCUAACAGCCGUCCAACUGCUCGCAGCUCUUAUCGUCAUGAACAUGGCAUUCAACCGUUUUGUCAUCAGCCUUGUCUCCGGUGCCGCAUUUAUUUUCCUAUUGGCAGCUGCUGCGCUCACAACAGUCAAUUUCGUUCUGUUAAAGGGUAUACUUGCCACUGAGCUGAAAUCACAGAACAUAUCUGGCACGUGGGGCACUCGUGCAUUUACUGUUAUAUGGUUCAGUGUGUCUUUGUCUUUGUGUUCUAUGAUUUCCUGGACUAUGACCACUUGCUGCUUUUCUCAAGCAAGACGGGGGCCUCGGACCCAGGCUUAUCCUGCAAUGGGUACGGCACCAGUCUACCAUUCGCCCCAACCCUCUGCACCCAACUAUUGGUAUGAUCAUCGCUAUCACAUGUACCAGAUGAAACAAAAUCCGGCCAAUCAACCCUAUUGCCAGUACUAUUCACAAUAGAAGUGACUGGAGCUGUUGGCCUAGCACGGAAU